UAACUUUUACAUGUAAAAGUCUACUCAAAACAGCCAUGAGGCUGACACCUGCGUUAAAACAAAGAUUUUACGGCAAAGCCAGAGGUCACCUCACAAAAGGCAAGCAUCAAAUUCCACACCUUAUAUCAAGCAGUGAACGUGAAAAGUUUGUUAAAGCACUUCGACAAGAAUGUGAAAAUGAAAUGUGGUUGACGCGGCCCUACUUAUCCAAACAUCAUGAAGGUUCUCUUAAAACAAAGUUUAGACAAUCAAGCAAAGGAGCUCCUCUGGUAUUCGUGAAUAAAAAAGCAGAUUGGGAAUUGGAAAACAAGAAAUAUAGAAUCAACAUGUUGCCUCAUGUUCAUAUGAAGGAUAGAUGGGAUAAUUUAAAAGUAACGGAAAGAUGGACAAAGUACAAACACCCAACUGACAGAGUAUACAGUUCCUUAGUCGAAGCUGCAAUACCAAAACGUUACCCAGAUUUCUGGCCCCGUCCAGAAGAAAAAUGGGCAGAGUGGAAUAAAGUUGAAGGGUUUGGAUUGAAUAAAUCUUUACCAAAAGAAGAAAAACAGAAACUAUUGGCUAUAAAGCCAUUUAAAAAGCCACAAAAGUUGGUAAAUGAACACACGCCACACAUUCAAAUUGCCGGAUAGGUUUAUUUGUGAACUGCAUUUAUUUAGCGCGAUGACACCAACUAAUCUUACAUAUAUAUAUGUAUGUACCCUUUUAAAAUAAACUCACUAAUGUCACUAUUAUUUACAUGUGUCUUUAAAUUAAAUUUCACCCUUUUCAGUACCACCCAUAUUUUCAAACAAUACAAGUGAUGAAGUAAUAAACUAGUGUGCUAUGGUUAACAUUUAAUGAUUUAGGAUUUUAAGCUAAAGGUUAUUUUAUCAUGCUUUCUGUGGUUCAUUGGUUGUUUCUUCUUCAGUAAAUUGAUCCUCAGCGUU